CUUCCACAAUCGAAUGGUCCCGUCUUCCGACCCAGACGCAUAGGAUUGUCCAUCGGGCGAAUAUCGGACGCAUCGAAUGGGGCCGUGGUGCCCCUUGUGGCAUUCAAGCUCUUCCCCAGUUUCAAAGUCAAACACCCUCACCCACAGGUCGCUGCCGCCUGCCACAAACCUCUUACCGCUCGGAUGGAGGGUGACACCCCCUUCUUCUCUGAAGUGAAUUGGCAUUUUAUACUCCUUGAGAAGUUUGCAAGAUUGCGAAUCGCUGAGAUCGAAAAAGUAGACCUUGGUUCCGGCGGCAACGGACAGCACAAGUUUCUGGGAACCAGCAAUGGCACAGACCUCAAUAUCACGGAUUUCUGCCCCCUCCUUUGUGUCGAAGGUACGAAUAAGCGACUGGUUGGUGGUAUUCCACAGAUAAAUCUUUCCGUUCAUGCAAGAACAGAGAAGUUGAUCGUUCGACACCCAGGCCAGUUUUGUGAUGGGGGAUUCCUGGGGGAUUUCUAGGGAGGGGGAAGCUUCGGUGGCAUCCGGUUUUUUGUUGCCGUUGUUCUGUUUCACUAAUAUCUUUGGCAGUUCGUAGAUUCGAAGGGACGCCUCCUUUCCACCGGUUGCCAAUCGCUGUGAGUUUGGGGAGAAGACACACGUCUUCACGAUGUGUUUGUGCGGCAACUCGACCAGGCUCUGGCCGGUGAUUGCGUCCCACACACGAGCCGAGUAGUCGCCGGACGCCGUGGCGGCCAGGUUACCGGUUGGGUCCAUCUGGCAGGACCAGACUGCUCCCUUGUGGCCCUGCCAGGUUCCGAUCCAAUCCCCGCUGACUCCAUCCCGAAUCAUGGGCAUUUUGUCGUGACAGGCACUCAGCAAGAACACACUGGAGCUGCUGUCCGCGGUGUUGCUGUCGUCGUUCUCGACGUUAACGUAUUGGAGUUCCGCAAGAGGCCUCGUGUGGCCGGGACAAACGAUCGGGAUUUGCUUGGCAAUGGCUGCUGUCAUUUUGAACUGUUGUGUAUUUCUACGGCGUCAAUCUUGUGUUUUAAUGUGCGUUAUGACGGAUACCGACAAGCUAAGGAAGAACUUCCUACUCGAACAAUAACUAUUGCUGUUGUGGUUGCUGAUGUGACACGAGUCGGAGGUCAUUCAUUUUGAGGGAAGCGCAACGCGUAAAAAAAUUCAUGCUUCCUCCGACCUUUCAGUUUUUUAAGUUCUUCUUGUUACAGUAAUUAUUUGUUAUUUUGCAUUUAGGGGGUCUCCUUCAUUUUAGACUUUAGACCCGAUUACAUUAGGGGUUGGUACUUUACGUACAAUACUAUUCAGACCCCCAUUUUGGUCUAAAUUUUCUUGAGGUAGGAAAAAAUGAAGGUUUCACAACAGAGCCGAAUCAUUCAUCAGUUUCCAACGGACAAAUUCCUGCGCCUUGCUGAAUUCUACUUAGUAAAAGUACGGUAGGAAGUAGAGAGGAGCUGUAAAUUUCUUCACUUUGAAAUUGGGUCUCAUCCAAUCCGAAUCCGAACAUUGGAGAUCAGCAAACUUACGAAAAGUUCCAGGGUCGUUCGGUAUUUGAAGAUACCGUCAACGAGUACUUCUGAAUUGAGCAUUGGAACAUGGGCGGAGGUCAAAGGUCUUCCAUAGUGGCGGAAAGUUCGGCGAGCGAAGAUGAAAACAACGUUUUGAUCAUUCGAAUAUCGAAACGAUUCAUUAUCUUGACGUUUGUUGUGUCUUGUUUAGUGGCGUUUGCUGUUGGUCACGUUUCCCGGAUUGUUCUAAUCGACAACCCGCGCAAUGAGUUUAUGAAAGCGUACCAGAGGGAGCAUGUUUCCAUCGACGGCGCUAUGGGCACGAAACCUUUUGGUUCAAAAGACGAGGGCCAAUUUACGCUACCCGAUCCUGUCCUCCAGAGCGGCAAAACCCCUCCGAUAACGACGUACACGUCGAAGAACUUUAAUACGGCUCUGUCAUCGACAACUCAUUCACGAUGGAUGGUGACACAGGACGGCGAAGACCUAGAUAAUGGUCUUCUCGAAAACGAGAGCAACGGCGAUCAAUGUCGAUCAUCUACCAACGACAGCUGCGUCGAGGAUGAACAAACAGAAGAAGAGGAGCACCUCCCCGCCGGUCAGCACUUAUUAAUUGACAUCGAGCAUGUUGAUGCCUUGUUUUUGAAUUCGGAGGAUCGUCUUGCCACCGCGAUGUUGGAUUUGGUCAACGAAUGCGGUCUGACGCUCCUGUCGUACCACUGCCACGGACUUCAUCCAAGUGGUGUGAGUUGCGCCGGGGUUCUAUUAGAAUCACAUGUUUCCUUCCAUACUUGGCCGGAAGAAGGGGUUAUUACGCUCGAUUUGUUUACCUGCGGACCAAACUCGCUUCUCCCUAUUGUACCCCUGGCAGAAAAGCUCUUCGCUGUUGCAUCUGAUGCUUUGCGUGCGAUGGAACCAAAGAUGAUUUGGGCACACAAGUUUAGAGGAUUUGGGAGAGAAAAUGGUAGCGCAAGCGAGGUAACCGAUAUGUUUCGUUUUCCUGUGGGUCAGAUGAAUGAUUUUAAGAAAGAGGUAAGUGGCAGAUAACGUUCCUCAUCAUAUAGUUGAGAAAUAGUAUAGAAUGGAAUACUACAAUAUUUUUGGUUCCUGCACGGUUUGUUUGAAGAAUGAGCUUCUUGAUUCUAACCAAACCCCAUCUUCGUGCUUCGAUCAGAUCGCAUCGAUUCAAACCGACUAUCAAACUAUGGACGUGUACGAUGUCUUCCGACCCGGUCGACAUGACAUGGAAUCGUACGAGAAAUCACUUUCCAACGAUGGUUCGUACGAAGCCUUGCAUCCAGAGCUUUUUGAACCUGACCGGCUUGUUUACUUGGACGGUGUGGUCCAAUCUUGCAAGACAGGAGAUGCUGCUUACCACGAGGCUCUGGUACAUCCAGCCAUGUUUGCCCACGAGAAUCCAAAGCGAGUUGCUAUUGUUGGAGGAGGAGAAGGUGCAACCUUGAGAGAGGUUCUCAAGCACAACACUGUCGAGAAAGUUAUUAUGAUCGAUAUCGAUGAGCAAAUGGUGGAACUGUCCAAGAAGGUUUUGCCUUACUGGAGUGACUGCAGCAUGUUGCAGGACAGCACCAAGAGUUGUUUCGACGACCCGCGGGUGGAAACUUAUUUCCUUGACGCGUUCAAAUGGUUCAUCGAUCGAUUCUCUGACGAAAAAAGUGACGACUUUGAUGAGUUGCCGUUUGACGUUAUCAUUAUGGAUGCCCUGUGAGUAUUUUCUUUCUUAUUUUAUCUCCAGCUUCGGACUUCUAAAUGUCAUUGUGUAUGUUGAAAGAUCGUAUUUUCUCAUUUUUUUUUGUGAUUUGACUUCCAGAGACCCUCAAAUUCAAAAGGAAUUCGUGGAUGCUCUAUACGACGGGGGGCCAUUUCUUCGGUCUCUUCCAAAUGCACUAAGAGAGAGCGGCAUUUUGGUAGCCCAGGUGGGAGAGGCCAAUUCCAUUCAAUCACCAUCGGGAGAACACUCUAUCGACAGAAAUAGAAUAAAUUUCAUUGAGACCUUGGUUUCACUCGGUUUUCCGACUAUUCGAGAUUACGAAGAAUCUCAUAGUCAAUUUGAUGACCCUUGGGAAUUUGUGGCUGCGUUUAAGGACUUUGACUACAAGGUCGACUGGUACGCAGAGUCUCCUGUGAUCGAUUUGAAGAUCCGGGAACGUGGCAUGAUCACAACGGCUGGGGGAUCACCAUUCCUCCACUUUGAUGGGGCAACGAUGAAGUCUUACAGGUAUCCUUCAAAAGGUAGCGAAACCGCUUUUUGUCGUUUGAAACCCAACGAAGUCGACUGUGCCAAUGGGCACGGAUUCGAUCUUGAGCGUGAUGAUGUUAUGGUAUCGUCCUUGGAAAUCAAACCCAGCUCUCUGGGCGUCAAAGCCGGGCGUGGUGUGUUUGCAAAGACCGAUAUCCCAAAAGAUAGCUAUGUUGGUCUCAAAGAGAUCGGCUCUUCCGUUCACAUUAAUCCACAUGUAUUCGAGGUGAUGAAAGAAAUGAAGGAAAUUCCAUGGGCUUACUCCAACUACCACGGCAAAGAACUGGAGGCUUACACUAAUUUGUAUGGUCACUUCUUUGUUAGCCAGGUAAGUCAUGAAGAAUGUUCUUUGUCGAUUGGGCAACUGAUCCAAGCUAACUCUCCGAGAAUGAUCGCUUUUCUCGUUGUAUGCAUAGGGAGAAACCGAGGUCUUCAUUGAUAGUACAAUCCAAUGUAUGAUAAACCAUGGCUGUAUGGGUACAAGCAACAUAGGAUACAACAUCAAUGUGACAGAAGCUUCCGCGGAUCCUUUGUCGAUGUCAGAAGAGGUAACGUCUUCCUACAUAGGAAGGCAAUACAUAUACAAUCCUGCCAAGGAGAGACAGGUCCGUUUCUAUUCUAGUUCAACUCCACGCAGGGACAUCAAAGCUGGUGAGGAACUUUUGGGCAAUUACCUAGGAAUGGCAGGUGAGAGAUUAGUGUACACGCACUGCUUUGCUGGUGUGUUUAGAAUUGUCGUCCGAUCUACAACCUCCCGAAACUCACCGCGAUGUCCAUUGGCCGUUUUCUUUCAACCGCAUUCGUUUCUUCUAUUCUUAAGGGGCGGAUAAUCCACACUGGAAAGAUGUCGUCCUUGCUCUCAGGGAUCACUGCGUCUAAAAUCACGAUAAAAUCAUAGAAAUGUGCACAAGCACGAUCGAAUCCAAGUUACUAAGAUACAACACCGCAUGAUUGUAAAUAACGUAGCAUGCAGACUUCAUAGAACGUCUCCCGCCUCGAUUUUUUGCGAGAAAGGCCAUUCGAAAAACUUUGUUACUCCCGAUGCAUUGAUGCAACAAUGGUUGAGCUAAAUGCAAUAAUUGUUUAACGUUACA